AUGCUUAGAUACUUGACAUUAGCAGUUAUUUUAUUUCUACGCGAUUCUUCGGUAUCUGCUUGUAGUUGCUGCCCUUUUCGAUGCCCACCACCAUCUCCUUGUCCAUCUUUGAUUUGUCCACAAAAAGUUUGCCCACCUCCGACAGCAUGUCCAGUUGUCGUACACCAGCCAUGUCCACCAUGCCCUAAACCAAAGCCAAUUCCUAUGUCAGUCAUAGCAAUACCACUAAGACUAAAGCCUGUAGUAGUAAACACGUGCUGCGCAACGUGCCCGAUUCCAUGCACUGUACGUCACAAACGUGAUGCUUCGGAUAAUAAAACUGUUGAACUGAGUAAUCCCAUAUGCAACAAUAAAAUGCUUCAUGACACAAUUACAAAACAAAUGACAUUUGACCCAGUAAUUUCUCAACAACAAAUUGUGAAAGCUUUGAUUAAAUUUGACCAAUAUUAUAAUGUUAUCUGCGCAAGUGGUGAAUUAUCGUAUGCUGCAUAUACGAAUGAUUUUUGUCAAGUUGUCAAAGAUGGAAUUGCUUGUUAUGCUUUUAAACAAUUGUAA